AUCUUCCAUCUUCUACUUUCGCUCUCAUAAUAAAAAAAACUUCCAUUUUCCCAGAUCUUCAAACUUUUCUCUCUCUGACAACUUCAUCAUGACCGUCGAUAUCAUGCGUUUUCCUAAGAUGGAAGAUCAAACGGCUAUACAGGAAGCUGCAUCGCAAGGCUUAAAAAGCAUGGAACACCUGAUCAGUGUUCUCUCUAAGCGUCCUAAAGACCACAACGCUGACUGCUCUGAGAUCACCGAUUUCACCGUCUCCAAAUUCAAAAAAGUCAUCUCUCUCCUUAACCGGACCGGUCACGCCCGGUUUAGACGCGGACCGGUUCAGUCCUCUCCUUCAUCUUCAUCCUCCUCCGCCGCAGCUCCUCCUCUUCCACCCGCUUCUCACCCAACGCCUCCUUCUCAGCUAUCUCCUCCGGCACCGGUAAUAACUCCGGGGAGCUUUGUUCAGUCGCAUCAGCAAAGCCUGACGCUAGAUUUCACCAGACCAACCGUAUUUGGCGCCAAAACCAAGGGCACGGAGAUUGUUGAGUUUGCAAAGGAGAGCUUUAGCGUCUCAUCGAACUCCUCUUUCAUGUCUUCGGCGAUCACCGGCGACGGGAGCGUGUCUAAGGGAUCUUCGAUUUUUCUUGCUCCGGCUCCGACGGCGCCUGUUGCUUCCUCGGGGAAACCGCCGCUUGCUGGUCUUCCUUACAGAAAGAGAUGCUUUGAGCAUGACCACUCUCAGAACUUUUCCGGCAAGAUCUCUGGCUCCGGCAGCGGAAAGUGUCAUUGCAAGAAAAGCAGGAAAAAUCGGAUGAAGAGAAGCGUGAGAGUACCGGCGAUAAGUGCAAAGAUCGCCGAUAUUCCAGCGGACGAGUAUUCAUGGAGGAAAUACGGACAAAAACCGAUUAAGGGCUCACCACACCCACGGGGAUAUUACAAAUGUAGUACGUUUAGAGGGUGUCCAGCGAGGAAACACGUAGAACGAGCAUUGGAUGAUCCAACGAUGCUUAUCGUGACUUACGAAGGGGAGCACCGUCACCAAAAGUCCGCGAUGAACGAGAACAUAUCUUCCAGUUUGGUGUUUGGCUCUGCUUGAAUGGUUGAGAAUUAGAAAAGAGAAUGAAACUAAUUAGUUUGGUAGACUUUGUAAUAUUUUGAAAAAUAGAGGGGUGUUUAUAUUUUUAGAAUUUUUAGCACUUUAAAUGGAUUUUAAUCUUACAAAAGUUUAUAUUUAGUAUACUUUCAAGUAA